UCUGCAACCUUGUUCACUACUAUAGUUAUUCUGAAUGCCAAAUACAUGUGGGUACCUUUUGUCCGAUCACAACGUGCUACUUGGGUGUUCUGAUUAAGCAUAUGUCACCUCCGCCUUACAUUCCCGCUUGGUGUCCACCAUGGAAACGUUAGCGGUGACUUGUUGAAUAUGGUGGAUAGGGUGUCCGCGGAUAAGUGAGCGCAAUCUGCCGGGGUGUUGAAUUGAUGUCGAGGGAGAUUUGUAAUGUAGGGACGCUGUGCCGGUGUCGAUAUCGUUUGCGGUGCCGUUAUGGUCUGCGUAGAGGUUAUAUUUGCGUCAUGGGAGGCGGGUCCUGUGGAGGGAGACUGGUUUCCAAGCCAAAAUUAUCACAUGUCGACGAGUGUGGAUGGUGGAAGAUGAAGAGCGCCGGUAUCAAUGGGUACGAGGAGGGAGAUGUCAUGGCGAUUGCACCUGGUGACGAGCUCGCUCGGGAAAGAUAAUGGGAGUUGUUGUCGAGGACGGGGAGAGGGUGAUGAAUUGGAUGGUGAUGUCGGUGUUGUUGGCGAGGCACGGUUGGAUAUGUCGGCAAGAUGUUCUUCUUUUGUUCCUGUGCCAGAACAUAGAGAUUAAAUUGAGGAGAGUUCCCAUGAGGAUCUGGAGAGUCUCGAUCUGGGGGGAGGCCACGGAGUUUGAAAGCGGGAGCAGUAGGAGGAUAUAGGGUUUAAUGGAGGUUUAAUGAGGAUUAAUGAUGGGAUAUGUGGGUAUAUUGCGAGCAUAUUGUGAGGAAAAGGAGAGGGUACCUGGUGGAUGGCGUAAGGACUGUUGUUGGUUGCCAUGAGAGCUGGCGAGU